CUCACCACUUAUCACAUUUGUAAACACUUUGCUUUGACAACAAAAUUAGAUGAUAAUAGUAAAAUUGAUGUUUUCUUUAUAGAUAUUGAAGCACAGAUUCGAGAAAUUCAAGGAAAAAAGGCUGCCCUUGAUGAAGCGCAGGGAGUAGGCCUUGAUUCCACAGGAUACUAUGAUCAAGAGAUUUAUGGUGGCAGUGACAGCAGGUUUGCUGGAUAUGUGACUUCUAUUGCAGCAACUGAACUAGAAGAUGAUGAUGACGACUACUCCUCUACAAGUUUGCUUGGCCAGAAGAAGCCGGGGUACCAUGCUCCUGUGGCAUUACUUAAUGAUAUACCACAGUCAACUGAACAGUAUGAUCCCUUUGCUGAACAUCGUCCACAGAAGAUUGCAGAUCGAGAAGAUGAAUAUAAAAAGCACAGGCGGAUGAUGAUUAUUUCUCCUGAGCGUCUUGAUCCUUUUGCAGAUGGAGGGAAGACACCUGAUCCUAAAAUGAAUGCCAGAACAUAUAUGGAUGUUAUGCGGGAACAGCAUUUAACAAAAGAGGAGAGGGAAAUUAGGCAACAACUAGCAGAAAAAGCUAAAGCUGGAGAACUUAAAGUCGUCAAUGGUGCCUCUUCCCAACCACCUUCAAAACGCAAACGGCGUUGGGAUCAAACAGCUGACCAGACUCCUGGUGCAACACCUAAAAAACUAUCUAGUUGGGAUCAAGCAGAGACCCCUGGACAUACUCCUUCUUUGAGGUGGGACGAAACUCCUGGUCGGGCAAAGGGUAGUGAGACUCCUGGAGCAACCCCAGGCUCAAAAAUAUGGGAUCCUACUCCCAGUCAUACACCAGCAGGAGCUGCAACCCCUGGACGCGACACACCUGGUCAUGCAACUCCAGGCCAUGGAGGCGCAACUUCCAGUGCACGUAAAAAUCGCUGGGAUGAGACCCCCAAAACAGAAAGAGAUACACCGGGACAUGGCAGUGGGUGGGCUGAGACUCCUCGUACAGAUCGAGGUGGUGAUUCAGUUGGUGAAACCCCAACUCCUGGAGCAAGUAAAAGGAAGUCACGUUGGGAUGAAACACCUGCUAGCCAAAUGGGUGGUAGCACUCCCGUUUUGACACCUGGCAAAACACCAAUUGGUACACCAGCCAUGAACAUGGCAACCCCUACACCAGGUCACAUAAUGAGCAUGACACCUGAACAACUGCAGGCAUGGCGCUGGGAAAGAGAAAUAGAUGAGAGAAACCGGCCACUAUCUGAUGAAGAAUUGGAUGCCAUGUUCCCAGAGGGAUAUAAGGUUCUUCCGCCUCCUGCUGGUUAUGUGCCUAUUCGUACUCCCGCUCGUAAACUUACAGCGACUCCCACACCGUUGGGUGGUAUGACUGGAUUCCAUAUGCAAACAGAAGAUAGGACCAUGAAGAGCGUUAAUGACCAACCAUCUGGAAAUCUUCCAUUCCUAAAACCAGACGAUAUUCAGUACUUUGAUAAACUACUGGUUGAUGUUGAUGAAUCAACACUUAGUCCAGAAGAACAGAAAGAAAGAAAAAUAAUGAAAUUGCUUUUGAAAAUAAAGAAUGGUACACCACCAAUGAGAAAAGCUGCUUUGCGUCAGAUUACCGAUAAAGCUCGUGAAUUUGGAGCAGGUCCGCUGUUUAAUCAGAUUCUACCUCUGCUGAUGUCACCAACACUUGAAGAUCAAGAACGUCACUUGCUUGUCAAAGUUAUUGAUAGAAUCUUAUACAAACUGGAUGACUUGGUCCGACCAUACGUACACAAGAUUCUUGUGGUAAUUGAACCAUUGCUGAUUGAUGAAGACUACUAUGCGAGAGUGGAAGGCAGAGAAAUUAUAUCAAACUUGGCUAAGGCUGCAGGUUUGGCUACAAUGAUUUCCACUAUGCGUCCUGAUAUUGAUAACAUGGAUGAAUAUGUCAGAAAUACAACAGCUCGAGCCUUUGCUGUUGUUGCCUCUGCUUUAGGCAUUCCUUCUCUGUUGCCCUUCUUGAAAGCUGUAUGCAAGAGCAAAAAAUCCUGGCAAGCUAGGCACACUGGCAUCAAGAUUGUGCAGCAAAUUGCUAUUCUUAUGGGCUGUGCCAUCUUACCUCAUCUCAGAAGUUUGGUUGAAAUCAUUGAACAUGGUCUGGUGGAUGAGCAGCAGAAAGUGCGUACUAUUAGUGCUUUGGCUAUUGCUGCUUUGGCUGAGGCAGCCACUCCUUAUGGUAUUGAAUCAUUUGACUCCGUUCUAAAGCCCUUGUGGAAGGGUAUACGUCAGCACAGAGGAAAGGGUCUGGCUGCCUUUUUGAAAGCUAUUGGGUACCUUAUCCCUCUUAUGGAUGCUGAGUAUGCCAACUACUAUACCAGAGAAGUAAUGCUAAUCCUUAUCAGAGAGUUCCAGUCUCCGGAUGAAGAAAUGAAAAAAAUUGUAUUAAAGGUAGUAAAGCAGUGUUGUGGUACAGAUGGUGUUGAAGCAAACUACAUUAAAACAGAGAUUCUGCCACCGUUUUUCAAACACUUUUGGCAGCACAGAAUGGCACUGGACAGAAGAAAUUACAGACAGUUGGUUGAUACUACAGUGGAGCUGGCAAACAAAGUUGGAGCAGCAGAAAUUAUUUCCAGGAUUGUGGAUGAUCUGAAAGAUGAGGCUGAGCAGUACAGAAAAAUGGUUAUGGAAACAAUUGAGAAAAUCAUGGGGAACCUGGGUGCAGCAGACAUUGACCAUAAACUAGAAGAACAGCUUAUUGAUGGUAUCCUGUAUGCCUUCCAGGAACAGACCACAGAGGACUCUGUGAUGUUGAAUGGUUUUGGCACAGUGGUUAAUGCUCUUGGCAAACGAGUUAAACCAUACUUGCCCCAGAUCUGUGGUACAGUUUUAUGGCGCUUAAACAACAAAUCAGCCAAAGUUAGGCAACAGGCUGCUGACCUGAUCUCUCGCACUGCAGUUGUCAUGAAAACUUGUCAAGAGGAAAAACUGAUGGGACACUUGGGUGUUGUCCUGUAUGAGUAUCUGGGUGAGGAAUACCCUGAAGUACUAGGCAGUAUACUUGGAGCACUUAAAGCCAUUGUGAAUGUUAUAGGUAUGCAUAAGAUGACACCGCCAAUCAAAGACCUGCUGCCAAGACUUACACCUAUCUUGAAAAACAGGCAUGAGAAAGUACAGGAAAACUGUAUCGACCUAGUUGGGCGUAUUGCUGAUAGGGGAGCAGAAUAUGUUUCUGCAAGGGAAUGGAUGAGGAUCUGUUUCGAACUGCUGGAGUUGUUAAAAGCUCACAAGAAAGCUAUUAGACGAGCCACAGUAAACACUUUUGGUUAUAUUGCAAAAGCUAUUGGACCCCAUGAUGUGCUAGCUACACUGCUAAAUAAUCUGAAAGUACAGGAAAGACAGAACAGAGUAUGUACUACAGUAGCGAUUGCUAUUGUAGCUGAAACAUGCUCACCUUUCACAGUACUGCCUGCUCUGAUGAAUGAAUACCGAGUUCCAGAACUGAAUGUCCAGAAUGGUGUAUUAAAAUCCCUGUCUUUUCUGUUUGAAUACAUUGGAGAGAUGGGAAAAGAUUACAUUUAUGCUGUUACACCCUUGCUUGAAGAUGCUUUAAUGGACAGAGACCUUGUACACCGACAAACAGCCAGUGCUGUGGUGCAGCAUAUGUCUCUUGGAGUAUAUGGAUUUGGCUGUGAGGAUUCUCUGAAUCACUUGCUAAAUUACGUAUGGCCCAAUGUGUUUGAAACAUCUCCUCACGUCAUUCAGGCAGUUAUGGGAGCGCUGGAGGGCCUCAGAGUUGCUAUUGGACCGUGUAGAAUGCUGCAGUAUUGUUUACAGGGUUUGUUUCACCCUGCCAGGAAAGUCAGAGAUGUGUAUUGGAAGAUUUAUAAUUCUAUCUAUAUUGGCUCACAGGAUGCCCUGAUAGCACAUUAUCCAAGAAUCUAUAAUGAUGAAAAGAACACCUACAUUCGUUAUGAACUUGACUACAUCUUAUAAACUUACUGUUCAGUCGUUUGUGGUUGAUGCACAGCUGUUCCACACUUAAGCUUGCUUCAGAUUUGGUGAUGUAAAAUUUUAAAACGAUGCAGAUCAGUAUAGCUGGUCAGAGGAGGAGCUAGGAAUCCAUUAGCAUGAUUUUAAAAUAAUCUGUUCUUUUUUUAUGUUAAACAGUUAAAGCCAGUAGUGACCAAGAACACAGUGUGAUUACACAAUGUACUGGAGGGAUUUCAUUUUGGAUUCAUCUUUAUGAAGAUUUAGAUUUCAUUCCUUGUGUUUAAAGGGGAUGUUUAUUUGAGAAAUAAACAUUUGUGUAUAAAAUUCUAAUUUGUGUGUGUGUUUUUGGACAGAGAGACUUGUAAAAUGAAUCUCUUUGAUAGAUUGUUAAGCAUUUGUUUAUGUAAAAAAGGUGGCGUACAUUUUAACCCUCUUUGUUAUCCCCUAGUUUUGAAUAAAUAAGAAAAAUGUA